GAAAAGAGACGAAGGAAAAAUGGAUUGUCGCACUGUCAAAUAAUUAGUUUGUAUUGAAAUACAACAGAAUUGCUGUUGUUUUGCGAUAAGGACUGGACUGCUAAUAAAUUAGAAUUUAAUUAUGGACUGCUUAAUGAAUAUAAACUGGAACAAAGUCACACCAUGCCUUGUUUUAUUAGUGCUAGAAGUAGUAUUAGAGUUUUCAGAGUGUACGACGCCGGCGGAGGUUAAUAAACACCUGGAAUUAGGCCGGGACUUCCUUGCGAGGGGUCAGCUUUCUGACGCACUGACACACUAUCAUGCAGCUGUAGAGGGUGAUCCAAAUAACUACCUCACAUAUUUCAAGAGAGGCACAGUAUACUAUGCUCUUGGUAAAGCCAAGUUUGCAUUACAAGACUUUACUAAGGUGUUAGAAUUGAAGCCAGAUUUCACAUCAGCACGCCUACAGAGGGCAAAUGUCUACCUCAAAUUAGCACAAUUUAAUGAAGCCAAAGAAGACUUUUUACAAGUAACGUACGCGGAGCCGUACAACUCGGAAGCGAUAGAUUCGUACCACAGAGUGGACGCGUACGCGGAGGACAUGAGACUGGUGGAGGCGUAUUACCGCGGCGGGGACUUCCGCGCCGCCGCGGACCUCGCCACGCAACUGCUGGAGCACGCGCCAUGGGCCGCCAUGCUGCGCCAGAUCCGCGCCGAGUGCUACAUAGCCAUGAACGAUCUAUUCUCGGCCGUGUCGGACAUCCGGGCCGUGAACCGUCUGCAGCAGGACUCCACCGACGGGUACUACCGGCUCGCCACGCUGCUGUACCGGCUGGGGCACGCGAGCGACGCGCUCAAGGAAAUCCGCGAAUGCCUCAAACUGGAUCCGGAGCACAAGAAGUGCUUCCCUCUAUACAAGAAGUUGAAGAAAGUGGAUAAACUUCUUCUGGACUGCGAAUCAUCCAGCGAGUCUCGAGAUUUCACCGGCUGCAUAGCGUCCGCUAAGAAGGUGUUGCAGGUCGAAGAGGAAGUUACUUUAGUGGUGUUCGAAGCCAGGAAGUGGCUGUGCAGCUGCUCUGCCAAGGACGAACAAUUCACGGAAGCUUUGGCGGAAUGCGGCGCCGCCCUACAGUUGCAGAGAGACGCGCGAGUGCUCUGCGACCGGGGAGAUGCGUUACUGGGGCUGGAUAUGUACGAUGACGCAAUCCAGUCGUUCAAGGAAGCGUUAGAGUUGGAAGAAGGUUUACAGCGAGCCAAGGACGGCUUGAGUCGAGCACAGAAGCUGCAGAAGCAAUCCGAGCAGAGGGACUACUAUAAGAUAUUAGGUGUUAAGAGAUCUGCCAACAAGCAGGAGAUAGUGAAGGCGUAUCGCAAGGCGGCUCAGAAGUGGCACCCCGACAACUUCCAGGGAGACGAGAAGAAAUUGGCCGAGAAGAAGUUCAUCGACAUCGCCGCCGCCAAGGAGGUAUUGACGGACCCCGAGAAGCGAGCGCAGUUCGACGCAGGCGUCGACCCCUUGGAGCCGGAGAGCCAGCGAGGGGGGAAUCCAUUCCACCAGCCCUUCCACCACUUCCAGCACGGCAGCCCCUUCCAGUUCAAGUUCCACUUCAAUUAGAACAUAACCACAGUGUAAAAGGUGAAAUCGAUUAAACGCCACUUUGGUUAUUUUACAGAAACGAAGAUCAAAAAUUUUAAAUUACUAUAUAUAUAAAUACUAGAACAAUAAAACUAAAACUAAA